AUGUGGCUCCCAAACCAACCAGGCUCCGGUUUACAAGUCAAGAGGGGUACAUACUUGUCUUCUGUUCAAGCCGUGACAUUCACCAAACGUACCCCAGAGAUACGCUUGAUUUUUAUAUUAUAUAAUAUUAUAUUAAAUUUAUAUAGGCCAACGGUAGGAAAAUCCUACGGAAUUCCAAUGGAUCCAGAUACCCCUCCGCCUACAGGGCAUCCCGGUGCAUUCAGCUAUCUUCUGAGCUUUCUGCUCGUUGGCCUGGCAUGGGGAUUUACCACGCCCUUUAUCCGCCGUGCCGCCGUUGACUUCAACGCCCGCAACGAAGCGAAGCAAGGCAACAGCAGUCAACCCACUACGAGACACAGAAAGCCGUCACUCCUCUCAGCAUCGUGGAUUAGAGAGAAAGUUGUCACAGUGUUCUGGACAGUGGUGAACCUUUUGCGCACGCCGGCGUAUUCGGUGCCGCUGUUGAUUAACCUGACUGGGAGCGUGUGGUUUUUCCUGCUUGUUGGGAAACACGAGCUCAGUCUUACAGUCCCGAUAACGAACUCGACUGCGUUUUUGUUUACUGUUCUGGGAGAGUGGUAUGUUGAGGGAAAGGUGAUAUCUAAGGAAACUUGGCUGGGAAUGGCUCUUGUCCUUGGUGGGAUCGCUUUAUGUGUGCAGUCCAAGCUCUGA